CAUUUAACAUUGUUCUGAUUAAAUUCUGUAACAAAAUCUAUAUAUAUCUAGUUGUAACGGCAAAGGCAAAAAAAACGAACUUGUUCUUUCUCAUUUCGACUGUGAUAUGCAUGACCAAUGAUAUUGUAUGUAUGGACUAUCUGCAAGUCCACGAUAAAGUCAUGUGACCAGUCAGUUACAAUGAUUAUUAUAGAUUAUUACACUCACCGGGUUAAGAAUCCUUUGAGGUUUUAAGACAAAUAUAAAACUGACAAUUAGAGAAACAGUUAAUGUAUGACAGUAAAAGUACAUCAUAAACGGGACUUGACUUUUAUUUUCUACAAAUAAGGAACGUGAUAUUUUUUUAGAUGUCCUAAAUACAAUGUAUUGGGAAUUCUCUAAUUCUAUGUUCAAUAAUCUUUGCAUUUCUUGUGCUUUUCUUUUUGUAGUUUUGCUGUUCUGUCACCCCAGCUUUGAAAUGUUUAUUUAUCGUUUAAAUAAUUCUUUACAUCUAUAAGGCUACUAAAUUGACAGAUUUUUGUUUCACAUAAAACAGUCAUGACACGUGUGAAUUAGCUUUACCUAACUCAUUAAAAUGUUGUUAUGUGACCAGUUGAAAAGUGCAAGCGCACCACAUCCAGGCUAGUGAAUACAGCAAUUUAUCACAACUUUGACGUUUGCAUUGUCACCUUUAUGAUAUAAUAAUAUAAAAUACGCGACAACAUAUGCAUAAAUAUUAUAUUUUUUUUUAUUAGCAAUCCAAGGAAAAGAACCUACGUGUGUUAUUUCGCAGUAAGCAGCAAUGAUGGUGUCCUUAAAAGUAUUAGUUGGAUUAACUAUAAUAGCAUUUUGUAGAGAAGCACAAUGUCAAAUGCAAGGUAUGAUGAGGAUGAUGAAUUCGAUCCCGACUAUGGUCAAUGGCAUGCGUGAAAAUCAGGCCAAAGCGGCAUUGGCGCCAAUAGUAAAGUACGUAGUUGGAAAUACAGCAACGCCCAGUCCAGAGAUGGUCAACUUUGCCGUUAUCGCGGGAAGCGCCCCAGUGACACAGACCGAGAAAAACGCUUAUUUAGACAUGAUGAAAAAGGUUGCUAGACGCACUCCAGAGGUGAUCAUGCAAUUCCUAAAACUUGAAAAGAAUGGUUCAUACGUAUUGGAUGAAUUCGGACUAGAUGCUCAUAUUACAAAACGGGCAAUGCAAUUUUCGAUAGCAAGCGAGGCAAAGAAAAAUCGAAAAAAUAAAGAAAAAGAAAAGGAAAGGACACAAGAGCUUGAACGAAUUCGAAUGAUGCAAGACCAUGAACUAAGUUUAUUGCAAGCACUUGGUCAUGGCAAUAACGCCGCUGAUACAGUCCAAGGUCAAAACACUUUAAAUACAUUUACAGUUCAAGACCCUUUUGUUAUAGCGUCAACACCCUCUCCAUUUGAUGCAGGGUUAUUCGGAUAUGAUAUUUACGGUGGUGGUCCUGUGACAGACUUCUUCGCUCCUAGCCAUCCAGUUCAUGUAGACGCUCCUGCUCAGCAUACUCCUGUAUCAAACGCUGCCCAACCGGAAUUUAUUUCAUUAUUGGAUAUUUUGAGGAAUUCCAACAACAAUAAUAAUCAAGGAAGUAGAAGCAACUUUACUGUAUCCAACCAAAUGUCGCCAACGCCGACUGUAGGUCAAAACAUGAUGAUGAAUGGUGGUAUGGACUUCGGAUUUGGUUUCUAACGUGUCAAAAACAUUGUGAUUUAAAUGUUUCAAAGUUUCAAAGUUUAUUUCAAUCAGAACCAUUAGACUUAAAAGCCCAUGAGAAAUACAUAUUCAAAACUUAAUGACGAACAAUUUAUACAUUUAACAAUAAUUUCAUUUUAACAAUAAUCUUGCAAACAUAAUUUACUUUGGAGAAGGUUUUUUCAGACUUAUUCACCUUAGCCAAUUGUGACAUUUUUCGAACUAAAUUUCAGUUUACCUCUUUCCAGUUUUAAAGUCAACCUUUUAACGAAACGAAACAUAAAGGUGACUGACAGGAGUGAACAUAAUAUUAAGAUAACCUACAUGACCUAUUGUGCUACAUAUGAACAAUACACAUUAAUAUCUAUUAUAUAAAUACAGCACAAUAAAGUGAUAUGUAUUCUUUAAAUUAAAGCUUAACAUGGUUAACAAUCUAAAUAAAUAUUUGGAAAAAACAUAUGCCUUAUUUCAAAUACCCUAUAAUAUUUCUUUACGUUUUUUAAAAGAUGUGUGUAUGAAAGUUCUAAGCAUUCUUACUAUCAUCUGGUUUUAGUUAUUCAUCUAGUAUAUAAAUUUGUACAUAAAUUAUUUGGUCUUCGCCAAUAUUUUGAUAAUAAUAUUUAUGUCUUGAAAAUGUAUUGAAUAACAUAUAACUGUAUCGUACAUUGUUACAUGUUUACCGAUUUCCUUUUACAUAAAGAUUAAAUGUGACAUCAUAUAAAGUGUAUAUAUGGUACACCAGAUCAUUACUCUUUGAUUAAUCU